ACCACCAAACGGGUCGGUUCACUUCCACUAAGGGAUGCUCUGACUAGAUUCUAGCUCCAUUUAUCCAAAGCUCACGUUUAUCGCUAAUAAUACACAUAAAAUGGCAUUUAGAGACAUCAACGAGUGUCUGAUAGAAGAAGUGAAAAGGUAUCCUUGCUUGUACGAUGCCACCCGCGAAGACUAUAAGGAUAUAUGUAAGAAGAAGAUAUCGUGGGAAGCGAUAUCGAAACGCAUGAACAUCGAAGAGCAAUUUUUAAGAAAAAGAUGGGGUAAUCUACGUGAUCGAUACCGAAAAGUAGUGAAAGAAAGGCAACAUCCCAACGAUCCUACAGCCUGUAAGAAGAAAGUUUGGAAAUACAGUAAAAUUCUGACGUUUCUAACGUCGUCACUUAACCACGAAAACCUCAAGUAUGAUCAUUCCUCUAGAAACUGA